AUGGGGAGAAGACCAGCGAGAUGCUACCGUCAGAUCAAGGGUAAGCCAUACCCGAAAUCCCGAUACUGCCGUGGAGUGCCAGAUCCGAAAAUCAGGAUCUACGACGUCGGGAUGAAGAAGAAGGGAGUCGACGAGUUCCCAUUCUGCGUCCAUUUGGUCUCGUGGGAGAAGGAGAACGUCUCCAGCGAAGCUCUCGAGGCGGCUCGUAUCGCCUGCAACAAGUACAUGGUGAAAUCCGCCGGAAAAGACGCGUUCCAUCUCAGGAUUAGGGUUCACCCUUUCCAUGUCCUCCGUAUCAACAAGAUGCUUUCGUGUGCCGGAGCUGAUAGGCUCCAGACUGGUAUGAGAGGUGCUUUUGGUAAAGCGCUUGGAACUUGCGCUAGGGUUGCGAUUGGGCAGGUGCUGUUGUCUGUGAGGUGCAAGGAUAACCAUGGAGCUCAUGCUCAGGAGGCUCUUCGUAGAGCUAAGUUCAAGUUCCCUGGUCGUCAAAAGAUCAUUGUUAGCAGGAAAUGGGGAUUCACCAAGUUCAACCGUGCUGAUUACACGAGGUUGAGGCAGUCCAAGAGGAUUGUUCCCGAUGGUGUCAAUGCUAAGUUUCUGUCGAACCAUGGACCUUUGGCUAAGCGUCAACCUGGAAGUGCCUUCAUUUCAGCAACCAGCGAUUGA